AUGCCUCGCGCCUCGUGCGUCCCGGCGAAACUCGUCACGUAUAAGCCAACCAAACUAGCGCGAAAUACUCCGAGGUUAUGGAAUGCUAAGGAGCGGAUUCGGACCAAUGUUGGCCUCAGUCCGCAAGACUUCUACUACCUGAAAUACUCCGGGUCUCCUCAUCCUCGCAUCCUAGCGCAGCUGAAUAAAAGUCGGGAGGAAGGAGAUCAUUCCAGAUACGAACAGAUCUACAGCCGGUGGUUGAAGUUGCGGUAUGCCGAGCCAGCCCAUGGCAAUUGGUGGAACAACGAGAAGGCCCUCGUUUCCCAGUACAUGGAAAAUCACCCUGUGCUUCACAGAGUCUCUAAGGACGUCCGGGAUUUUAUCUCCUCGAACCCAUCUCUCCAACCAUGGCAGGUCGACAAUCUGCUAAGAAACCCUACUCGAUACUUCAGCGUCCCGAAAAAUGUGCCUUUAGAAGACCGACAGCAAGUCUAUUUCCCAGCUAUCAAUGACACGGUGGUACUGUUGCGGACGACCCAUCUGGGUCCACGUUAUGCGGUCUUCCAAGUACCACUUCAUUUCAAUAAGCUCGAAAUGCGAGACUACCUCAAAUCCGCCUAUAACGUCGACGUCCUACACGUGAGAAGCACGAUUACGCAGGCCAAACUUACCAUGAAAAAGACACUGUCCAAAAACGGCCAAGGUUACUACGUCCGCGCCAAGAGUAAGAAGAAGAUGACGUGCCUCCUGGCCAAACCAUUCGUCUAUCCUGAAGAGAUCAAAGAUCUGUCUGCUUUCGACAACAAGGAAUACUGGGACUCGAUGUUCGACCAAGAACAAGCAUACAACGACGAAACCACGACGAAACCCAACAAAACCCGCAGCACCACUUACAAAUCACAAGCACGUGCGAUCGUCCAGGAAGUCAAGAGCUCCAAGGAAUGGAAACCGACGUGGGUGGAGCUCAGGGCCAAUCGGCGUGCCAUGGGUGGCGCUGUCACCGCAACUUCCUUUUUACCACAGCCUGCUUUACCAACACCAUCUAGCAACAGCCCUGAGAAUGGUACAAAGAGCAAGGCCGAGCCAGCCCAGCAGGAAACGCUCUCCCAGCGGUGA